CGAGGGGCGUGGCAGAGCGAUCAGUGCCGCCUGGACGCUGCGUGUCCUGCGUACGGCGGCCUCUUUGCGUCUGCGUAGUUCGCAGACCUCCCUUUCUGCCUCCGCAGCCGCCAUGGCGCCCGUGAAAAAGCUUGUGGCCAAGGGGGGCAAAAAAAAGAAGCAAGUAUUGAAGUUCACACUUGACUGCACCCACCCUGUAGAAGAUGGAAUCAUGGAUGCUGCCAAUUUUGAGCAGUUUCUCCAAGAGAGAAUCAAAGUGAAUGGAAAAGCUGGGAAUCUCGGUGGAGGGGUCGUAACCAUCGAAAGGAGCAAGAGCAAGAUCACUGUGACUUCUGAGGUGCCUUUUUCCAAAAGGUAUUUGAAAUAUCUCACCAAAAAAUAUUUGAAGAAGAAUAAUCUACGUGAUUGGUUGCGCGUAGUCGCUAACAGCAAAGAGAGUUACGAAUUACGUUACUUCCAGAUUAAUCAGGAUGAAGAAGAGGAGGAAGAUGAGGAUUAAAACUCACUUAUCUGGAAUAUUUUGUAUGAGUUCUUUGAAUAAAACUUGGGAACCAAAACGGUGGUUUAUCCUUGUAUCUCUGCAGUGUGGACUGGACGGAACAGUGGAAAUGGUAGUAAAGGCUUCACUCAGGCCGCCACUCACUCACUCACUUGUAAUUACUCUUUUUCUUGAAAAUUUCUGUUCUUGUCGUAGUGAUACCAAAAUAGAAAGAGAAGGCUAAGGGAACUGACUGCGAUUUGACUUGAGCAGGUAGAUAAGGGUGUGGAGAUACAAGCUUCGGGUAGUCACUAUUUUGUUUUUAAAAAGUGUGACAGUCAAGAGCAGUGUCAAUAAAAUGCAGGUUUCUGGGGCAUUUAUUUUCAUUUUCUGAUUACAAAUUACUCAAUGCACACGACUAUGUAUGCUAAUUCUUUUUCUUCCUAUAGAAAUAAAAUGUGCUUCUUUAGCGUUGUUGCAUAUUCCGCUACCUUUCAUAAAAGAGCUUGGAGAGCUAUUGUAAAAGUCCCAGGUUUUAAAUUAAGUAAAUGUGUACAAAAAUGAAUUUGUAAAUAAUCGUUUCUACAAGUCAUUGCAACAAACUGUCACUUUGUCCUCCAGCAGAGGGAGCUGAAGACAGGAGUAAUAAAAGCUUCCAGAUGUGGCCUCCUGUGUGUUUCCCAGUAACGAGCUCUUGUGUCUUUCAUGGAGGGUGGCAUGAAGGAGGCGUGAUUGCCGAGGAGAUGGGAGAUACCCAGGAAAUAGCUGCUUCCAUGCCACUUAGGCCAUGACUGGAUUUAGUGUCAAAAGUCAUUUUGCAAACAGAAGGAGGUGUGCCUGCAAGAUACUGGGGCAGAAAACGAGGCCUCAUCUUGGGAUUUUGUGCCAAUGUGUGCAAAGGCUAGAGAACUGUGAAAGGUUGUUAGGGAGGCUAGGAAGAUGUAAUUGUUGCCAAGCGUGACUUUGAAAGAGACCCUGAUGCCUGAUGGUGCUCUUCUGAAAUCCAAACAAUUCUGCAGAAAUGUCUGCCUUGUUUUACAAUUAUGGCGUAUAAAACUCAUGUUUUUAAAGAGCUUGCCUACAGCUGAUUUCCACACCUAAAUUCUUAAGCUCUGCGAGUUGCAUAGCUGGAAAUUAAAUGUUCCAAGCCCUACUUUGGCUCCAAUUUAACAUUUGGUGCUCCUGGGAUUGAGUUUAGCAUGUGGAGGCUUUGCAAUUUCAUUUGUGGUGAAGGCUCUAGCAUUUUCUAUUUCUAUGCAAAUUUCUUGAAGCAGAAUUGUUUGCACAUUUCUUCUCUGCCCUCACAGAAGGCAGGGUUUCUUUCAAACUCAGUGGAGGCAUCAGUUGCUCUUUGGCUGUGUCCCUUGCCAUGAUUAUCAGCUAUAAGUUUGUGACCUGGGUUUGCAGAUUUUACUUGUUUGUUGCAUUGAUGUUGCCAUGUAGUAAUUUUUAGUUUCAUUGUUAAAAAAAAAAGAAAAUGAGCCCUGGGCAGAAAUUAGCAUAUAAUUUUUUUUCUAAUUAGUCUCAGAUUUUAAAACUUGUAAUAAAUUGAAACUCAUUGGUUUUUCUAUGCCUUUUUGAACUCUUGUAAUUGAGUUUUUAUCAUAUUUUAUAUUAAAGUGGCUAACACAUGGC